CUUCUUGCCCCUUCCCUCCUUUCAGCGUUCAGGUAUCUUUCAUUCUUCUUUUGCUGUUGGCAAGUCCUCCUCCAGCCAGACAAGAUGUCUAUGCUGGACAUGAGCGAGUUUGGGGAGGCUGCUGAAUACCUCCGGAAAAGCUACACAGAACAGCUGAAGCUCCAGACAAUCCCAUUUGAUGGGAAAAAGCGUGCUUGGAUCCCGGAUGAGAAAGAAGCUUACAUUGAAGUGGAAAUCAAAGAAAGCACCGGUGGCAAAGUCACUGUGGAAACUAAAGAUAAGCAAACGCGGGUGGUGAAGGAGGAUGAGCUGCAGGCCAUGAACCCCCCCAAGUUCGACAUGAUCGAAGACAUGGCCAUGCUGACGCAUCUCAACGAGGCCUCCGUGCUCUACAACCUCAAGCGUCGCUACUCCCACUGGAUGAUCUACACCUACUCGGGGCUCUUCUGCGUCACCAUCAACCCCUACAAAUGGCUGCCGGUCUACACUGCGCCCGUGGUGGCGGCCUACAAGGGGAAGCGGCGCUCCGAGGCUCCACCGCACAUCUACUCCAUCGCCGACAACGCCUACAACGACAUGCUGCGCAGUACGGGGUGCCGCUUGGGUAAGACAUUGAUGCCACCAUACAGGCUGCAGCAGCACCUUGAGAGGGGCCAAGUGUCGGUGCUGUGCUUGGUGGCAUCCCUUUACUGUGGCAGUCCCAGGGAGAUGGGAAAGCAGCAGCGAGAUGUGAAAUCUUCCUGA